GUGGCUGCGCUUCACAGUUUGACUCGCACUUUCAUGCAAGCAGAUGUCUGAGGAAUUACACACAAACAGUCGCCUUGAAUAGGGAAAUACCUCUCUCACUGUCGUCCCCCCGACAUUACAGUUGAUGGAUUUAGCAGGCACUUUGAUGUCCAAUCUCACCCUCCUUAAUCUGGUUUAGAAAUUGAGAUCCAUUUAAGGGAGGAUGGAGGUGUCCAGAAUUUGAGGGGCGCUGCGGUUAAGGUCUCAGGUGAAAAGCUGGAGAGGGAGAAGAGACGGAAAGAUGGAGCAGACUCAUAGUUUACUGCUGAACGAGGAAGCCUGCAGUCAGCUGCGGGAGCACCAGAGAGCCGAGUUUGUCUUAGAGUGGCUGCGUUUCCUCAAGAAACUACUCCCUGCCACAGACCGGGCCGAUGUGAAAAAGAACCAGAAGCGCCUGGUGGAGCAGCUCACGACGGUACUGACAGGUUCUCCGGGCCCCCCGACACGACUGCUGUUGGCACAGUGUCUGGCGCUGGUGUACCGUGUGGGUGACUCCCUCACGUCCAGCCUCACUGUGGACCGCUGCAAUGACAUCAUCCGCAGCAAGGACGACUCGCCCAGCUUCCUGCCUACUCGACUGGCAGCUGUGGCCUGUUUGGGUGUGCUGUAUGAGCAACUGGGCCGACUACUCAUCAACUCGUUUAAAGAGAGCGUGGCAAACCUUCUGAAAGCCACGAAGAGCGCAGAGUCUCAGGGCCGCUGUGAGAUCAUGUUGUGUAUUGAGAAGAUUCUGAAGGGUUUAGGUGUGAGUGCCAUGUCCUGUCACAGAGACAUCUAUAAAACUGCUCGCACAUGUCUCACCGAUCGCUCCAUGGCUGUGCGCUGUGCUGCCGCAAAGUGUCUUCUGGAGCUCCAGAGAGAGGCUGUCUUCCUGUGGUCCACAGAGCUGGAGAAUGUGGCCACUCUUUGUUUCCGAGCCUUCGAGGGCUCAAACUAUGAUGUCCGAGUCGGCAUCUCAAAACUACUUGGCACUUUAUUAGCGUCUGCACUGGAGCCCAGACAGGCCAUAGCGCCGAGGCCAGGCUCCAAGCGCAACUCCCUGAAGGAGGUGAUGGAGCUGCUGAGUUCUGGUUUCCUGCGGGGUGGAGCCGGCUUCCUGCGGGCCAGUGGAGACAUGUUGAAAGGGAUCAGCUCAGUCAGCAGAGAUGUGCGCGUGGGCACCACACAGACCUGUGUGGUGUUUGUGUCCAUUCUGGGUGGCACGUGGCUGGAAACGCACUUCUCCUGUCUUCUUUCUCUUCUCAUGGAGUGGGUAUCUCACGCACGGGCGACGCAAUACCCGGCAGAUGCCGUCUCUUGCCGCUGCUGUGCCUCCUUCAUACUGCGGGCCACUCUUGGCACUUUGCUGGGGGAGAAGGCCCAAAUCGCAGCUGCCAAGGAGAUCUGCCAGUUGAUCAGCAAACAGAAGAGGGUUGUGGACGCAGCUCUUCAUGAGGGGAACUUGGAGGCACGUGUGAGGCCUGCGGAUGUCGCAGCUAGUCAGCAUGUGCUGGUAUGUGCUCUUCUGGAGCUGGGCAGUCUGCUACAGGACCUGAGCUCCACUGCCGCCCCACUACUGCUUGACACCAGCAUAGGAAUGUUGGACACUGUGAUCUCUGUUCUUCUUCACCCCAGCGCAUCUGCUCGUCUGGCAGCCGCCUGGUGCCUGCGGUGUGUUGCUGUAGGGAUGCCUGCUCAGGUGGCAGUGUUGCUAGACCGCUGUGCAGAGAGGCUAAAUGCCCUGAAGUCAUGCCCAGAGGCUGUGGAAGGGUACAGUGCUGCCAUUGCAGCUCUGCUGGGAGCCGUACAGCUCUGUCCGCUAGGAAUAUCACACUCGAAGGGCAAGACUGCUUUAACGGCAGCAGCUGUCCAGCUGUUUGGAGUGAUUUUUCCCCACCUGGGCAUUCAGCAGAAGGCUCAGAUCCUAGAGCAGUUCUGUGAGUUUGUGCGCCAGCUUAAAGGAGCCCGGCAGCAGACUGUUCAAAUCCGUGUAGCUGCUGCUUUCUGCUGUACUUUGAAGUGUUUGGCAUCAAGUCGGAGGGAAUUGGGGUCAGAGGAGGUUCAGAGACCAGCACUGUCUCUCCUAUUGGGGGCGCUAGAGGGCUCAAACCCUCUCUUGCGCUGCAUGGCUGCAGAGGGUUUAGCCAGGCUUGUGCAAGUUCGUAAUGACCCCAAUUUCACCGUUUCCAUCACUCUCAUGAGCUUUGACAAACUGAAGACGGCGAGGGAUGCCAUCACACGCACAGGUCAUGCUUUGGCACUCAGCGCUGUCUACCGUUAUCUGAGUGGGAUUAGCUCCCCUCAGUACCUUAGUGCCUGUGUUGGAGUCCUCUUCACCCUGUCCCAGGACAGCACCUCACCUGAAGUACAGAUGUGGGCUCUCCAUGCUCUGUCCAUGGUUGUGGAUCUAGCAGGCCCUCUGUAUCACAGUCACCUAGAGGCUAGUUUCACUCUAGUACUACGUUUGCUCCUCUCGACGCCACACACACACGUGGAGGUGCAGCAAAGCCUGGGCCGCUGCCUUAACGCCCUAAUCACUUCCAUGGGGCCGGAUCUGCAAGGUGAGGGUGCAGGUGUGUGUGCGGUGAGGACUUCGUGUUUGGUGGGCUGUGCUGUGAUGCAGGACAUUCAGGACUGUCUGGUCCAGGCCCAGGCGAUCUCCUGCCUCCAGCAGCUGCACAUGUUUGCUCCACGCUUUGUCAAUCUGGCCAGCCUGGUGCCCAGCCUCUGUGAAAUCUUAUUGGAUUAUUCUGUGUUGAUAAACCUGUGCAGCUCAUACCUGUCUCUGAGGCGUGCAGUUGUGGCCUGCUUGAGACAACUGGCUCAGAGAGAAGCAGUGGAGGUAUCGGAGCAUGCAGUCGCUUUGGUUAAAGAGCUACCACGCAGAGACAACACACAAUUGGAUGUCACUAUUAAGGAGGUGGGAUUGGAGGGAGCUUUGUUCAGUCUGUUGGACAGGGAGUCUGACCCACGCCUGUGCCGAGACAUUCAGGAGACGCUUGUCCACAUGAUGAGCUCGGCGGCUGAGAGUAAUCUGGCCGACUGGCUCAAACUCUGCAAAGAUGUGCUCUCUGCCUCUGCAGACUCAGCUGCAGCUGCUGCUGUAGAAACGCAGCAGGAGGAGGAUGGAGAUCGAUAUGAUGACUCCUCUGCAUUCCACGCAAAGUCUGAAUCCAGCGGCCCCUUCAAUAACCUGCGCUGGUCCACUCGUGUGUUUUCCAUGGAGUGUGUGUGUCGCAUAAUAGCACAGUGUGAGAACGGAGACCUGGCUCACUUCAACAUGGCACUCGCUCAAGAACAACGUUUACAUGAAUCUGCAGAUUACGUGGUUCUCCACUUGGCGGACCUCAUCCGCAUGGCUUUCAUGGCAGCCACAGACCACAGCGAUCAGCUCCGACUGGCUGGUUUACAAACACUGCUGGUCAUUAUCCGGAAAUUCUCCAAUGUGCCAGAGCCUGAGUUCCCUGGACAUGUCAUUCUGGAACAGUAUCAAGCCAAUGUUGGAGCUGCGCUCAGACCUGCCUUCCAUGUGGACGCCCCUCCGAAUGUGACUGCCAAAGCCUGCCAGGUUUGCAGUGCAUGGAUCGCCAGUGGGGUCAUCAGUGACCUGCGUGACCUGAGAAGGGUGCAUCAGCUUCUGGCUUCCUCUCUUGCCAAAGUGCAGGUGGGAAGAGACGUCAACAGUCAGCUCUAUAAUGAAAGCACCUUCACCAUGGAGACGCUGGCUGUGCUCAAAGCCUGGGCAGAGGUGUAUAUCACAGCGGUACAAGGCUCCAGGCAGAGGGAGAGUCCAGGCAGCAAUCUCCAGCAGCAGAGUGAUGAGGCUGGCACUGCAGAUCCAGCAGGGGCUGGUUUGCUCAAACUGGUUCAGACUGAUCUUGCAACUCUGAGUCGCCUGUGGCUGGCUGCCCUUCAGGACCAUGCCCUGCUCACCCUGCCCUCGCAAUACUCCAGUCAACUACCCUCCACAGGUGGCUCAUUUUACACUGCAGAGAUGGUGGAACAGGCCCGUCCACAUUAUUACAGUGCCUGGGCUACCAUUCUCCACGCUACUGCUCUCUGGCUCAACAGCACCGGAUUCAUCAUGGUGGACGAGGGACCUGCCAACCUCUCCAGACCGGUUACACCCACCUCCAUGGGCCAGUCCACCUCACUGAGCAGUGUCAAAUCCCCAGAGGACGUCAACACUGACCGCCUCCACCUGAUCCUGGGAAUCAGUGUGGAAUUUUUGUGCUCUCCUCACUCUGGAGACCAAAUGGAAAACAUCAGUUCUUGUCUUCAGGCUCUGCAGGCCUUGUUGGAGGUGCCUUGGACCCGUUCGAAAGUGGGCAGUGAUCAGGCUUUGCGUGUGGAGCUGCUCAGUGUUCUACACAGGCUCAUAGUCACUCGGGAAUCUCCCAGCGUUCAACUGGCUGUGCUAGAACUGGUGCGGCAGAUUGUUUGUGCUGCUCAGGAGCAUGUCAAAGAGAAACGCCACAGUGCUGAGGUCGAUGAUGGUGCAGCAGAGAAGGAAACUGUUCCUGAGUUUGGUGAGGGACGGGACACUGGUGGCCUGGUGCCAGGGAAGUCGCUUGUUUUUGGAGCGCUGGAGCUAUGUCUCUGCACGCUUUUGAGAAAGCUUCCGCAACUCAGCCCCAAACUGGCUGGCAGCCCCACGGGGUGGGGAGGACAGACCUGCUUCCUCAGCAACACUGACUGUAGACUCGUCACAUCUGCUCUGGCCAUCCUCUCAGAACUGCCCUCCAUCUGUUCACCAGAGGGCAGUGUUUCAGUACUGCCCACAGUGCUCUAUCUGCUGCUCGGGGUGUUGAGAGAGGCGGUGAAGGGCUCUGUUGGAGCUGAAAGUGAACAGCUGGUACCAGGCAUCCUGCAGGCCUUGCGCACUGUUCUCACCUCUCCCAUGAGCAGAGCUGAGAAGAGUCGUGGGGCCUGGACUGAACUGCUGAGAUGUGCAAUGCACACGCUCUUGGAGUCUUGGCAUUCAGAUAAAAUGGAGCCUGGAGUGGAUGAGGUUACCACGUUGACAUCCCUCACCAUCUUCCUGCUGUACGCCAGUGCUGAGGUGACCACUGUGGAGCCCCUGCAGACACGCUGCAUCCAGGCAUUCAGAGACAGUCUGGAGUCUAAGGACCCUGUGGUUCUGAGCAGAAGUUAUCAGUUGCUAGUAUCUUUAUUCCAAGGCCCAGCGGUGGUAGCCAGGCCAUUUAUUCUAGCUCUGGGUGGCCGUCUGGUGUCACAACUGGAGGAAGUGGAAAAGAGUCGUCCUCAAGGCCCAGCAGAGCUACAGGCCGUGCAAGAUGCAAUCCGAGCCCUGGAAGCACUAGUGUUUGCUGCAGACGAAACUCACCGUCCACAGCUGGUGGCUGUGCUGUUGCCCAUCCUCAUCUCUCUCCUGCUGGAUGAGAAUGCUUUGGCAUCGGCUCCAGCAGCCUCUCGCUCACUGCACGAGUCCGCCUUAAGAGACCUCAUGCGCAUUGGCCCCCAGCACUCGGCUGUCUUCAAAGCGCUGAUGGCCUCCGCCCCGCACAUGAAAGCCAGGCUGGAGGCAGCCGUCAAGGGCAACCAGGAGAGCGUGAACACUAAGGCACAAGCACCUCGAGUCAUUAGCAAAAACACUCCCAGCAUUCAACUGAAGAUCAAUUUCCUGUGAAUCCUAUUGACUGGAUAUGAUACGCGUAUUAGGAUUUGAAUGACUGAGUGAAUGUUGAGGUGUUGUUUUAAUCAGUUUUGUUUUUAAAGAUAAAUCAAUUUAAAAUUUGUGUUUAAAUAUUGUAGUCAGUUUUAAAACUGCAUUAACCUCUAUGAGGAACUUAAUACAUAUUUACUCAGAUAGUAAGGGGAAGUGUGUUUCACAUGAAGAACAGCUGAACCAUGGGAGUGAAUUUUAUAUGGUUACCAUUUAUAAAAAAAAAAUUGUCGUAGCAUACAUUUUUUUUGUGAAUUUUAUUGUGUCUGUACAAAGAUUGCAAAUCAUUAAUUUCACAUUGAUAUGCUGCAGCUCACAACUAAACCCGACCAGCUGCACUGCUGGUAAUCAGGUAUCUGCUGACUUUACAUAUACAGUUUUAGUGCAUUUUAAUAUGUGUUCAAUAUUUUAAGUUGCGUAGAGAUAGUUGCACGUGUUGUGAAUGUGUAUUAAUGAUAAAGUAGAUACUUGCAUCACAUCACUGCACUGAUGCUUUGAAUACACCUGCAGUAUGCAUUCAUAUGGAAGCCCAUUCCUGCCAUAUAAGAAUAAAAUCAUGGUUUGGUAAAUUAUAAUUAAGACAAGAAGUCAAAAUUGUGACAUACUGAAUUAAAACUGAGAUAAUAAAUAAUCGACUUCUCAUAAUUUUGACUAGCACAUAAUUUAACGGUUCAUGUCAAUUUUGACUCAUCAUAGAUACUUGGAAUGUCAGUUUUGACUGUCAAUAUCGACGUAAUAGUUUUGAAUUUUUAUCAUAAUUAUGAUUUUUAUCUCAUGAUUUUUUUUCUUAUGUGACAGAAAUUGGCUUCCGUAUGUUAAAAUUGUACUUAACUUUAGUUACAAACAUAUUUUACACUUUUUCGUUUUUUUUCUGUAUUCUAAUUAUGCAUGUAAAUGUGUUGGUGUCACUUUAUUUCAACACAUAACUAUCUUGCACUUGCACUGACAAUAUAAGUAAUAGAUGAAUCCUACAUGAGCAAAAAUAUUGAACAAGCAGCAAAUUAAUAUUUACUUCUAUAAACACACUACUAACAAGUUUACAAUGCAAAUGGAAGAGUUUCAGCUAAUAAUGGACCAUUGUUUUUCUGCUAGAAGCAGCAAUGAUUAAGCACAAUUAUACAUUUAUAACCAUACCAGUUAUUUUGUAUGUUGUAAAUUGUACAAAUGCAAUUAUUUUCUG